AUGGUGCUUAGGGAUGAUUUUGAGGGAAUUUGUUGGGAUAUUCUGCAUCGUAAUCCUCUUUCCAGUGCUGAUUCAGUUUUUAAUGAAUUGUUGGUAGAAGAAAUUAGACUCAAGUCCCACUCAAUUUUGAUUCCAGAUAAAGGAGUUUUAUCCACUCCUUCGUCUGCUUUUGCUGCUCCAUUUCACAAAGGAAAACUUCAAGUAAUUCAGAAAAUUUUCAAGAGUCCAUCAUCAAAUGUUGUUGUUGCUGCUCCUACUACUGUUGGUUCUGGUUCUGAUUGUGCAUAUCCAUCUGAGACUACUUCUCAAAUAUAUGAUAUUGUAGAGCAGCUUCAAAAACUUCUUACCACUUAG